AUGUACGCGCUCACACUAGCGGGAAUACCCAUCUCGAUUGGCGCCAACGAGGCAGUACACCAGCAACGGCUGCUGGAUGAAGAAGCUGAAAGCGAUGAGCGUCAAGAAGAAUUUUAUCUAGAUGUUUUCUGUGACGCCAAGAGUAGGAAGAGAGACGAGGUACAUGGCGCAAUAGUGGUACUGAAGGAUGGAAAGAUACGGCUCUGGCCCAAAGAUGCGGAGACAGGCUUGCCAAAGCCUGGUCCAAACGAUGAGCCAGCACCGCACCCCUUCACGGGAUUCUAUCUACCCUUUCCGUCUUCCGAUCUGCCGCACCGUCCUAUGCCUGCAGCACCUGUCCUUGGUCUCGUCAGUACGGUACCAGCAUCACAGCCUUCACCACCUUCAUCGCCAGCUUCGUCUGCACCCUCUACGCCAUCCCCCAUAGCUCACAAGGCACCCUCGAAGCCCUCGAAGCCCAAGCUCAAUUGGCUCUACGCAGACAAGACAAGGCGCGAACUGCGUUACGGCCCACGUGUAGAAGCGAAGAAACACACAGUUGGACCGUGGGAUUGGACGGAAGAUGAACAGGGACUGACUUUGGAUGGGGAGGAGUGCCUUGUUGCUGUGGAAGAGGAGAAGGGUGGGUAUGGCUGGGCCGUAUACUGGGACAGGGAAGAUGACUGUCUGAAGGAACAAGGGACAGGGAAAGACAAGAGGGUAUUGAGGUGUAGUUUGGAGAGAAGACUGGUAGAGGAGCAAAGGGUCAAGGGAUUGAACGAAGACUGA